AACGCACCGGUACUUAGCCCAGAUCCAGCAUCUACAUAAGGAUUUUUAAAAGCAAUGUCCCUGAGCUGAAUUGAUACAGUGAGCUCAGCAUCCUCCAAAUUUGUCAAAAUUUUGUAUUGUAGAAAAAUUGAGAAAAGUUCACUUCCGAUAAUAUUACAAUGUCCAGCACAAUUUGCAAGGUCACCCAGACGCAUUGUGGGAUCGCAUAACAAAUUUCCUCGUCUGCGGCCGGCUGCAGAUGCAGACUAGACGUACAUGUACUGUAUGCGAAAGCUAGCCUCUGUAUCCAUCAAGUCCAUCUGUCAAGCAUGAAUUUACAAAAAUAGAAACGUUUUGUGCAGCAAAUUUGCCGGCACACCGGCCCUGUUGUCUAUGUCUGUAACAUGCAGGGGAAUGAGUAGUUAUCUGUUCGCCAUUUGGGAGAUAAACUGUGGCCAAAAUGGUGGUUUUUAACGGCACAAUUCGGAUGCGAGUGUGCGAGGCGGUGGACCUGAGACCGACCGAUUUUUCCACCAGACACAGUGUAACAUCGAAGGAUUCGAAGAAGGCAGCGGCCAAUGUGAUCGACCCGUACAUUAUCAUCACCGUGGACGAUCAACAUGUCGGCACGACAAGUAUAAAGCAAAAGACGGUCAAACCGUCGUGGAAUGAAGACUUCGAUGCCAAAGUUCAAAAUGGCGAGAAUGUUUUACUUACAGUUUACCACAGCUCCAUCAUUUCUUCCGAUGAUUUUGUGGCGAAUUGCACGGUGGCGAUUGAGGAUCUCUUGCAAAAUGGCGUGAAUAAGAAUGGUGCAAGCAUUUCUGACAUUUGGAUUGACCUUGAGCCGUCUGGGAAAGUCCAUGUUGUCAUUGAACUCAAGGGAUCAUCUGAAGAUCCACCAAAGGAGAAGGUUUUCAAAGUCCGGGAAAAUGCAAUGCGAAAGAGGCGCGGGGCGGUGCGACGGAGGGUACACCAAAUCAACGGGCACAAAUUCAUGGCAACAUUUUUGCGACAACCAACGUACUGUUCACAUUGUAAGGAUUUUAUCUGGGGUUUUUACAUGCAAGGGUAUCAGUGUCAAGUGUGUACAGUGGUGGUGCAUAAGCGAUGUCAUGAGGUCGUAGUCUCACGAUGUCCAGGACACAAGGAUGACGUAAAAGAGCAGUCCCAGUCGCAGUCACAGCGCUUCAACAUCAACUUGCCACAUCGAUUUAGCGUUCAUAGUUUCAAGAAGCCAACCUUUUGUGACCACUGCGGUUCACUGCUCUACGGCCUACUACGGCAAGGGUUGCAGUGUGAAGCCUGCAAGAUGAAUGUCCACAAGAGAUGCGACAAGAACGUUGCGCCAAACUGCGGUAUCAACCCCAAGAGAAUGGCCGAAAUCCUAUCUGAGAUGGGCGUCACUGGCGAUAAAUUGUCAAUACGCAGGAAAAAGGCCUCCAUCUCGGAAUACCCCAAAUUGGGUUCCUUGGAUGCCUGUGCCUCCUCCUCACGCCCCUCAUCCCGGCCCACUUCGCCUCGAUCCGCUCCCGCUGAGCUGGCAGGUGUUCCCAAGCUUGUUAUUGUUAGCAACGACUUGAAUGCAGGCAUCACCAAAAUCCACGACCUGACAGCAGCUACGGACAAGCUCUCGAUGGAGAUUGAUGACAGCAAGUUGGGCGUGUCCCACCUGGGCUCUUCCGUCCUGCGGACCCCCUCCCUCAAGGAGGAGCUGGAGCGGAUACCCAAGCGCAAGUUCAACCUGGAAGACUUCAACUUCAUCAAGGUCCUAGGGAAGGGCAGCUUUGGCAAGGUGAUGCUCGCGGAGAAGAAGAACAGCGAAGAGGUGUACGCGGUGAAAGUACUGAAGAAGCAUGCCAUCAUACAGGACGAUGACGUGGAAUGCACCAUGACAGAGAAGCGAGUACUGGUUCUAGCCAACAGACACCCCUUCCUGACCUCUCUACAUUCCUGCUUCCAAACUGUGGACCGACUGUACUUUGUCAUGGAAUAUGUCAACGGUGGGGACCUGAUGUUCCAAAUCCAGAGGGCCAGGAAGUUCAACGAACCCCGAGCGAAAUUCUACGCAGCUGAAGUAAUCCUUGCACUACAAUUCCUGCACCGGCACGGUGUUAUAUAUAGAGAUUUAAAAUUAGACAACAUCUUGUUAGACAUGGAGGGCCAUUGUAAGCUUGCCGACUUUGGUAUGUGCAAGGAGGGCAUCAUGAACGGGAGAACAACGGCAACAUUCUGCGGCACACCGGACUACAUUGCACCAGAGAUUCUACAUGAGCUAGACUACGGACCGUCAGUGGACUGGUGGGCCCUGGGUGUUCUGAUGUACGAGAUGAUGGCAGGUCAACCGCCCUUUGAGGCUGAUAACGAGGACGAUCUCUUUGACUCUAUCCUGCAUGACGAUGUACUCUACCCUGUCUGGCUCAGCAAGGAAGCAACGUCCAUUCUCAAAGCUUUCAUGGAGAAGAACCCUGCUAAGAGACUGGGUUGUGUGGAGAGCCAAGGCGGAGAGAACGCCAUCAGGCAGCACGCCUUCUUCUCCAGCAUCUCAUGGGAGAAACUGGAAGAGCUCAAAGUGGAACCCCCCUUCAAACCUAAGAUAAAAACGAAAAAGGACGUCAACAAUUUUGACGCCGACUUCACGCGGGAGGAGCCCAAGCUGACGCCCAUCACGGCCAACAUCGUCAAGUCCAUCAACCAGAACGAAUUCACCGGCUUCACCUACACACGGCCGGACCUGGACCGGCAGCAGCAGACCACCACGGACAUCGAUUGAUCACGGUAUGGGGGAGCGUGGUCUGGGUCACUUUAAUAGCUUCUUUAACAGCAACAACAAAAAGGCUUGAAAGACGUCAUUAGUCUUUAGGAAUUGAGAUUUCAAAACAGAUUUGCAUUCUUUUCUCCGAUUCGAGUUGAGAGUUUUAGAUAUCUCUAGUUCAGGGAGUACUGCCUAAGCGCUACAAGAGCGGGCGGUCUGAGACAGACUGAUCUCAGUUUCUCGGCAGAAGGAAAGAAGAGUGUCGCCUUCAGUGAGGAAGUACUUGGGACAAUCUUCACCUCUUCUCACUUUCAAUGACAGAAAAAUACUGCUUUUCCCGUCAGGUUGUCUUCAGCGUCUCAUCCGGAUCCAUUAGUAUAACCAUGAUAAUUCUCGGUGAGAUGAGAAGCCGACGAUUUGCCACACAAAAAACGGAGAAAGUACAAACUCCAAAAUGAAACUUAAAGCGCUUAUAGUCAGGUAGUAGUUAUUGCAAAAACAUAUCAAAAACAAAUUUUGAAAAAAACAAUAAAGUAAAAAAAAAUUUGAAGGGCAAAAUGUAAUUGACCUAUCGCGGUAGAAUCGCGUCAACGCAGCUUGUGAAAUGUUGUCCAAGUACAUGAUAUACAAGUGGACACUGAACGCGCAAAAUCUGAGACAGCAAAACUUUAAUACCGUACAAAAACUCCAUAAGGUUGUCUAAGGGGCGUGGCUAACUCGCAAACGGCGAUAGGUCAAUUGCCCACCAACUUAUGACAGAAAGCGAUGCGAGUCGCUGAUGAAAAAAUCACAACCCGGGAUGAUUUUGUCCGGAACAAUUCCAGCGAAAUUGAUCUAACCACACGGCCAUGCAUUCCUUAUAUAUUUGCCUGCUCUGUGUUACAUUCACAUGCAUAGGCUGUGGUAAUAAUUGUAUUUACAUAUGUACCAUCAUAAAAUCCUGGUAUACAACAGAAAGCCAUUCUGUGAUGCUGUGGCCAAGUGACAUUCAGGCAUUUUGACAAAUCAGACAUUGUCGCAGUUGUUGGAUUUAAGAAAUUACGCCACUGACCAAGCGGUUUACUUCUGGUUACAGAUUAAUAUGUUUAUUCCGUCACCAGCUUUAGAUAAGUCUGAAUACACUUUUGGAAUGUAGUGUUUCAUUGACGAAUGGAAAAUCUCAGUUACAAUAAUUGGCAGGACGUGGCGUCACGACAUGAAAAUCACUAUCGCAAUACAAUAUCCCAAUCAGAUAUGUUGAACUUCAGACGGAAGACUGUUUCAGAUGCCAGAAGUGCACAUUUUAGGACAUCUUGUAAAGUGCUGUGAGCAACACAUUAAUGUUUGAAAAAAUGUACCUUGAAAAUGAAAUGUUGAGUGCAAAUACAGCAGCUGGAGCAGUUUGGCAGAGUUGGAAAAACUGGAAACAUAAAACCCAACACACUAGUGCUGUAUGUGGACAACUUAUUAGAAUGAACAUAAUAAAUGCAUGUAUGUCAAACGUCAGCCUUAAGAACUGCAGUAAAAGUUCACGAUACCUAUCGUAUUGCGAUCUCGGUAUCAUGAUCGGCAGCGUAUCAUGGAAAAAGCAGUUAUGAAAUUCUUGAGCCCACAGUCCCGCACAUGUCUAUGUACAUUACUGCAUCGUACCCAGCCAAGCGAGUCCAUAGAAGUCAACACAACAGGGAUGCUUGUCCCCCUUUCUUGAGUUAUUCCAGCGUGUCAUCACAUAAAUCAAAAUUGUGAUGGCCAGUUAGCAGGCAUGCAACUUAUCCUCGGAUCAAGGCCCAAUUUCCCCGUGCUGCUAAGCACACAAUUUUCUGCUAACAGAGCCUCCAUCUAUUUCAUGGAGACCGUAAGCAGUAAGCACAGCGAAAGGCACGCUAACCUCAGAGGAAAAAAAUGCUUAACUUAGUGGCGUAACAAUAAAAAACUCCAUGCGCGGACCGUUAGCACAUACACGCCGCAAAAUAGUGCUUAAGGUUAGCAAAUUUUUGUGCUAUGAUUAGCACCAGAGUUUGCUUAGCGGUAGGCAGCGCUAUGAAAUUGGCCCCAGGUGAUUUCAUUGUUUUGUUUAACUUCGCUUGUAUUUCAUUAAAAACUAAAUAACACUACAGAGAGUCUUGUAGAGAUUAAAAUUUUCAUUUUUGGGGGGGGGGGUUCCCCAGUUGCAUGCCUGCAGUAAGAAAGGACACUCAGGAAAAAGCUGUACUGUCAUCACAUGCUCCGAUAGUUGUUAAAAAAAUGCAAAUUUUGAAGAAGAAAUAAUUGUGAAAAACCACAUCUGUGUUACACAGCGUACAAAUACUUGGCUGUCAUGUUUAUGUGGCUAAGUACAGUAACCACUCACCAUGUUCAUCAGUACACUACUUUCAUAAUUUGUCGUAUAACAAACAUCACGUACCGCAUGUGUACUAAACAUACAUUACAUGUGCACAGACAAUCUAUUGUUCCCUAUUGUGUGCAUGUCUCCAGAGGGCACGGUGUAUCAGAUCUUGUGUAUUGCGCUUCAAUAAACGCUGACAAUGUUUGUACUCUUUACGGAUCAAAGGAUUGCAAAAAUACAUACCGUCAUUACAUUGACUUAAAAUGUAACAAUUUUGAGGUGUAAAUCCUCAAUGGCGAAAUUUCAACCUUGUGCUUGGUUGAGACUUAGAUAUAUACCUAACUUUUAUCCUGUACGCGUAGAAUAACUGUGUGAGAUAUUCUGUGUAGAUAAUGUAGAUUUUGUUUUUGUUUUUUAGAAACGAUACUCUCAGAAUGUAGGUUUAAGGUUAGAAACGUCUUGCAAUGAUAUUUUUUUUUUUACAAGGCUUGAAAAAGUCUUCAAAACCACACUGUACAAAAACUAUGGCCACUCUGAAACCAUGUAUAUAGUAUAAAGGUAUUGUUAUUAGCGAAAAAGAAAAUAUGUAAGAUUUGUCAGUGUAUUAUUCUUAUUAUGACAGUUUAGCUGCAACUCACGAUAAAACCUUGUAUAAAAUAAACUUUUUUUUUUUUUUUUGGUUUUUUUUUUGUAACCGGGGACUACCAUUUGUCGGAAUGUGCAAUCUGCAUUACGUGUUAAAAAGUGUUUUUACAGUCGUGAGGAGUGGAGUGGACGAACCGUGUAAUCAUUGAGAAAAAAAAUUGCCGAAUCAGAAACGUGCCUGGGAUUUUUUUUAGUGAGUAUGUGCAAUGAAUGGUGGCGAUAGGUCACAUGGUGUAGCAAAAAAAACAGGUCUGAACCCCAAAUGUCUUGAUUGAAUACUCCUAAUCCUCACAUCGUGGUUCAAGAAUGAUUAUUAUUUCAGCGUUAUUGGGGGUUGUAGUGGAUUCGCUACUGCAUUUUAUGUCAUCUAAUUGGUGGGUCCUUAAUCACAUGUCAUUGAAUUAUUUCAACAGGUGGCAUACGCCGCCUUUCGUUCGCGGGUUAGGCCAAAAAAAAAAAUAUGUCGGUCUCUGGUCAGCGCGCGCGUCGAUUUUAAUCAUGCGCGUCAAUCUUUUUUUUUUCAAAAAUGUUCCGCGGU